AUAAUGACCAUGUGACCCUUGCUUUUUCUUGCAAAAAGACCAAAAAGCCCUUUGUUCACAAAAUCCCUAAUCAAUACAUUCACAAUACAAAUCGAAUUGUUCAGAGAAAGAAAAGAGAGAGGGAGGCGAUCGUCGUGAACCGAUCGUCGAUUGUGAAGAAGACGAAAAAGCUUGAGGUUUUGAACCGAUCGUCGUUGCCAGUACACAAUGUAAAAGAGUUUCAUCGGUGAGAAGUUGCUGUUACGGCUUCCAGUAUGGCUGCAUUUCCUUAUUUUGAUUUAAUCAUCAACUACAAAGGAAAAGUGGGAAGAGUGUUUGAUGUGGACCCAAAUAUGUAUUGCUACAUUGAUGCCUUGAAGGAUGUAACUGCAACAGUCCUGUCUCACAUUUCUUGUAGUGAAGCAAUAGCAAUCACAUUGCAUUGUGAUAUGCCUGGUACUGACAGAAGGAGAUUAGUAGAAAAUGAUCUUGAUGUGCUAGACAUGUUUUAUGUGCAAGGAAGGAGUAAAACAAUUAACUUGUAUGUAAACAUAGAAUAUUCUAUUGGAAUGAGUGAUGGUGGACAUAAAAGUAAUGUUGGAAAUGAAAAUCAUGGAGUAGAUGCUGUAGAUGUAGAGCAAGACUACCAUACUAUAGAUGUAGAUGAAGAGUACCAUCAGGACAAUGUUUAUGGGUUUAGUGAUGAGGAUAGGGAUUGGAAUGCAACUGCUGAGGAUGAAAACCAAUCAGAUGCCAAUGAGAUUUUGAGUGAUGAUGAUAAUGAGUGCUCAAGUGAUGAUGCUGAACUUAGUGAUUACCAAUCUGGUGAUGAUGAAGUGCCAUAUUCUAGUACUGAUGAUGAUUAUGAUGAUGAAGCAGACUGUCUAGAUGAUGAAGAGAUGAGGUUUCCAGGCAUGAAGUAUGAUGGUACCUACAAUGGGAAAGAGCCAUAUAUGAAUCAAGAUGGAGAAGUUGUGUUGGAAGAAGGGAUGAUUUUUCCAGAAGUGAAUACUUUUAGGGCUACAUUAAGGGACUAUACAGUGCAAACUGGUUUCAAGAUAGUAAGAGACAAAAAUGAGAAGUCUAGAGUAACAGCCCAUUGUGCUGCUGAGGGCUGCCCUUGGAGAAUUCAUGCAUCUCCACUUCCAGAUGGGAUCACCUACAAGAUUAAAACCUUAGUACCUACUCACACAUGUAGCAGGAUGAACACAAACACUGAAGCUACAUCAGCUUGGAUUGCUAAAAAAAUGGUUGAAAGUUUUAAGGACAAUCCACACAUGGGCUUAGAUACCAUGCAAAUGAAACUGAAUAAAAUGUUUGGGAUUGAGGCUUCAAGAAUGCAACUGUAUAGAGCCAAAAGGAGGUGCAAGGAGGAGCUGGAGGGUGAUCAUGGGAGCCAAUAUGUGUUGUUGCCAACAUAUGCUAGUCAAAUCAACAAAACAAACCCUGGCAGCUUGGUUGUCAUAAAUUAUGACAUACCCUCUACCCCAGUCUCAGAAGAUGGAGAACAACCAGACCCUACCAUUCCUCAAUAUCCAUUGUUCCAAAGAAUGUUCAUAUCAUUUGAUGCAAUGAAAGCAGGGUUCAUUAAUGGAUGUAGGCCAUUCAUAGGGGUAGAUGGGUGUCACUUGAAGGGUCCCUAUGGUGGUGUUUUAAUUUCAGCAGUUGCCUUGGAUGGAAAUAAUGGCUUGUUUCCAUUGGCAUUGGCAAUAGUAGAGGGUGAAUGCAAGGACAGUUGGUCUUUUUUCUUGCACAACUUGAGAACAAUCAUAGAAGAUGCACUACCUUCUAGACCAUGGACCAUCAUGUCUGAUCAACAAAAGGGCCUUGAUAAGAUUGUGAGUGACAUUAUACCGGAGGCAACUCAUAGAAGAUGUUGCAUGCACCUAUAUAACAAUUUCAGAGCCAAAUUUCCGGGUUUAAUUUUGAGGAAGCAAUUUUGGAGAGCAGCAAGGGCUUACAAUCAGAUGGAGUAUGAUAAGGCUAUGCAAGCCAUUAAGGACCUGAACAAUGAUGCUUGCAUUUGGUUGCAGAAGGUUCCAGUUGAAGGAAGGUCUAGGCAUGCAUUUGAUGGUAGGAUUAGAAGUGAUCACAUCACAAAUAACAUGACAGAGUCCUUCAACAAUUGGUUAGGAAAUUUGAGAACUCAGCCAAUUUUAACUAUGUUAGAGGGCAUAAGGUGCAAGUUGAUGGGUAAGUUUCAGAUGAGGUACCAAAAGGCAAUGCAAUGGAAAUCUAAUGUCACAUUGAAUGUGAAGAAACAGCUUGAGGUCACACAGAAAUGGUCAAGGACUUGCACAGUGGAGUAUGCAGGAGGCAAUGAGUAUGAGGUGAAGGAUAAUGAGGGGGUUAAUCACAUUGUGGCACAUCCAAGGCAGUGUGGUAGAGGCAGUGGCAAAACUGAUGGCACAUCCAGUGGUAGAGGCAGUGGCAAAACUGAUGGCACAUCCAGUGGUAGAGGCAGUGCCAAAACUGCUGGUAGGGGCAGUGGCAGAUUUGUGAGUAGGGGCAGAGGUAGAGACAAUUCAAGUGGGAGAGGUAGUUCAGCUAAGAGGGGCAAUGCAAGUGGUAGAGGCAACUCAAGUGGGAGGGACAGUUCAGCUGGGAGGGGAAAUACAACUAUAAGAGGAAGUUCAGUUGGGAAGGGAAGUUCAAGUGGGAGAGGCAAGGGCAAGGCCAACCAUGCACAAGAUAUUCCAAGAGGGACCCCCCCAAUGCCUGCUGAAUGUGUGACACAGGUCACACAACAUCAUAUGACUUAGCUAAGUUGUUGAUAUUUUGGGUACAAGGAUUAACAUAGGUUGAAGGUAUAAAAUAUAUGUUGCUUGACUGUAUAGUUAGUGAGGAUCAUGUUCCACUUUUUUGUAUUUUUGUAGUGGACAUGCAAUGCUAAGAAUAGCAAUAUGAUGAUGUGGCCAUUUUUGUUUUUUUGUAGUGGCCAUGAAGUAUUUUAUAACUGAUGAUGUAACUGAACAUAUCUGAUAGGAAUGAUGUAAGUAAACUACUUGAACAUAUUUUACAACAAUCAUGAUGUAAUUAAACAGGUGCAUAUUUAU